AUGUCGAGGUAUGGAAAGUUUGACGACUUUUGUCGCGACACGGGCAACAGCUGGUCGACGCUGCCAGUAUGCUAUCUCUUCAGCCAAGCACCCACAAGGAACGGCGGAGGAUGGAAUGGAGGCUGCACACUCCAAGGCUUCUCUGUUGGCGGUGGUGAAAGGCUGCACAAUCUGGGCUCGAUAAUACUUUGCGGUAUCGCAAUCCUCACCACCUUCUUCUUGCUCUGGAAAUCUGAAAGGAAGAAGGCCGCCGUUGGACGAAGGGAAAUGCAAUUCUUCCUCCUCGGCUACAUAAUCAUCUCAAUCUGUGCGAUCUUCACAAUAGGCGGAUUCCCUCUGAACAACUCUGUGCGCUUGGCCUUUGUCGCUGUACAUAUCGCUGCAAUCGUUGCAACGUCUUGGAUCCUGAUGCUCAACGGUCUGGUUGGCUACCAACUCUUGGAUGAUGGCACCCCUAUCUCGCUCGGUCUGCUCCUCAUCUCCGCCGUUAUCAUCUUCGUUGGGACAGGCUACAUUGCCCUUGAUACUGGUUUCAGCUGGACCGGCUAUUGGGAUGAUACCUUGUACGGAGACGACCAGGCUUAUGCCCUCUACACCCUCUACCAACUCGUUCCUCUGGUCUUCCUGGUUGUUUUCUUCUGCCUGGAGACGUUCCUUGUCCUUCGCGUUCUUGGAGAGCGCAAACCAAUGCUCUACCUGCUUGGCGCAGCUAUCCUUUUUGCCAUCGGACAGAUCUUCCAAUACGUCAUUAGUGUCCACAUCUGCACCGGCACCUCUGGCAAGAUCAACGGCGGUCUUUUCGAGACCUUGUUCACGCUCCUUUCCGUAGUGAUGGUCUGGGUCUUCUGGUCGAGCAUCACCGAGGACGAUUGGCCGAUGCCAACGGUCGCCGGCUCGGGCUCGUAUGAUUGA